AUGGCUCCUGAAAUUUGCACUCCUCCCCCAGAGCAAUCUUCGGUCGAGUCAGAUGUCUGGAGUUAUGGCUGUAUAGUGCUCGAGACCACAAGCGGUAGCGAACCGUGGACGGCUCAAUUUAACGAUGAUGCUGUUCUCUUUCGAGCUCUUCAGCGAAAGGAGAAUGCGAUUGUCUUUGCUAGAAUCUGUGCAAAUGAGUGCGGUCCGUCACGUAUACUUCAGUUACUCGCUCGAUGCUGUACCUGGUCAAAAGCUGAUCGGCCACGGUUCGUCGAUAUUCUCAAUCUGUACAAAGACGUGCAGGAUGGAGUUGUGUUCGUCGAUGAUACCACGGACCAAAUGUCCAUUGAGGUGCCUGUCUCUCACGAUCAGCCGUGCUCUGAUGAAGAUCAGACGAAAGAACCACAUCCAUAUACUUUCGACGAAGACACAACCUCAAGAACACAAAAUGGUCCAUUACAAGGUCAAAGAUUUGUUGAUAGCCCUAAGAAAGCGUUUCUCAAGUCAAAUGGACACCAGGGACGUCUCACAGGAGAAAUUUAUACAAGUACCGGUAGCGCAAGUGGCCGGCCCAUUUACGAGGGUAUGAAAGGUGGACGGUACUAUGUGACAGCGAAUGGAUCCAGAGUGUAUUUGCGGAAAUAA